UUUUACACUUCUUACAAGUUUUUUCCCGAACAAAAAGGGCAAGUUUUAAGGUUGUCUUAAAAGAUAUAUUCGGAAAUGGGGAAAUCUACCUGCUCCGACAAAAAUGGGUUGAAGAAAGGUCCAUGGACAGCUGAAGAAGAUCAAAUAUUGAUCGAUUAUAUUCUGAAACAUGGCCAUGGCAGGUGGCGUACCCUCCCCAAAAAUGCAGGGUUGAAGAGGUGCGGGAAGAGUUGCAGGCUUCGAUGGACUAAUUACUUACGGCCUGAUAUCAAGAGGGGGAAAUUCUCACCCGAAGAAGAUGAAGUUAUAAUACAGUUACACAGUGUUUUAGGAAACAAGUGGUCCGCCAUUGCUGCUCGAUUGCCUGGAAGAACAGAUAACGAGGUCAAGAACUACUGGAACACUAACAUCAAGAAGAAGCUAUUGAGAAUGGGGAUCGAUCCCGUAACCCACACUCCUCGACUCGAUCUUCUCGAACUCUCUUCGCUUCUCAGCUCAUCUCUGUACAAUUCUGCCCCGAAUCCGACCGGUUUUACCGGCAGCAUCGGACCAAUGUUCAACCCUAAUCUCCUCAGCAUAGCCACUGCUUUCAUGUCGGCCCAAAACAAGAACAUGGAAGAUAGUAACCCUGAAUGUAUCCAAGUACAAAACCAGCAGGUCGAAUCUUACCAGGGAAACCAGUUCCAGAAUCCUGUUCAAAUCUGCCCUACGUCAUCAUCUUCAAGUACUGUCAUGAGCCAUAUUCUGCAAGCUAAUUCGAACUAUUUUUCUGCAAAUUAUUCCGCAAAUACCCUUCCAAAUCUGUGGCAAUUAGAUGGUAAUGUUAAUAACUAUUCAAAGAGUUUCUUCCCCAUGCAAAACUACGCCUACCGCCACGAGUCGAAUCAGUCGAUCAUUAGCUCUUCAGCUGAUCAAAACCAUACAUGUUUAAACGAAAACAUUCUGAGUCUGAAUCCCUUCGGAUCGAUUUUAUCAACACCGUCUUCGUGCUCGACGCCGUUGAAUUCGUCGUCGAACACAUAUGUGAACAACAACGGUGCCGGUAGUGCUGCCGAAGAUAUCGAAAGAGAUAGUUACUGCAGCAACAUGUUGAUGUUUGAAGUUCCUAAUGGCCGAUUAAAUGUCAAUGGGUGCCUGUAAUGUUUCUGAAAAAAA